CAUAUCUAAUUAAACUAGCAAUGGCGUUGAAAAGAAUUCAAAAGGAACUGACAGAUUUGCAGAGGGAUCCACCUGCACAGUGCUCAGCGGGACCAGUUGGAGAUGAUUUGUUUCACUGGCAGGCAACAAUAAUGGGUCCGAAUGACAGUCCUUAUCAGGGAGGAGUGUUCUUCUUGACUAUUCACUUCCCUACAGAUUACCCCUUCAAACCACCAAAGGUUGCGUUCACGACAAAGAUCUACCACCCUAAUAUCAACAGCAAUGGAAGUAUUUGUCUGGAUAUAUUGAGAUCGCAAUGGUCGCCUGCACUCACUGUAUCAAAAGUUCUCUUGUCAAUCUGCUCUCUGCUUUGCGAUCCGAACCCAGAUGACCCGCUUGUACCAGAGAUUGCACACACCUACAAAGCUGACAGGGAAAAGUACAACAGACUAGCAAGAGAAUGGACACAGAAGUAUGCAAUGUGAAAAUGCCUGUUAAAUUAAAACACUAAAAGAAGAAAAUAAACAUGUUUAAUAUUUACCCAAGGCAAACGAACAAGAGGGGAAACAUAACUAGACACUCGGGUUGGAGAAGGAAGCGAUAAAAUAAGGGACAGUGCAACCUGGCUGCUAAGUGCUGAGCUGCUGCCAUGUGCUGUUUUUCAUGACUUGUAUGGAUCUGCUGAGGAACUCCUGAAAGCACUCCCUUAUGGAAUACUGGAACCUCAUGGUCCAGACCACCACACCCAGACUUUAACUAUUACUACUUCUAUUGUGACUAUUAUUCUCAGUGUUACUAUUCAUACUCUUAUUAUUAUGAUCACUGUUAUUAUCAUAAUGAUUGUGUUAUUCUACUGAAUGCUGAAACAUUGGGUUUGAAUUUGGAGGGGACUAGUUGGCGGCUUGGUUCUCCCUCCUUUCAAAGGUACUUUCUUUGUCCCUCUGGAUGUCUUGUGUUCAUGUAUUCAGUGGCCUUGCUGUAUUAUUGUAAUAACCUCUUCUCAGAUGUUAGCUGWGAAAUUGAGGUGGAGUGCUCAGCACAAAGGUGCAUGUCUAUAUCCAGCAGCGGGGUUCUAUUGCCCACAAAGUCUUGAAAGACAGUCUCUGGUUGGUCUCAAACCCAGACGUGAUGUAAGACAAGUAAUUUUGCUUCCRCCUGAGCCAAUUUUGUUUUCACUCAAUGCAUUUGGAAAUGUCCCAAAUGCAGUGACAGAUGGUCUUUGAAGAGCCUGGAGAGAGGUGCUAUCAAGGUGAGCUGGACUGUAUCUGUGCUCAUGGGAAAGCGACCAGGGAAAAAGUUCUGAAACUGCCACUACUUUUCUCACUUGUCAUCUAUGUCCCCUUUUCUUGUCCUAGAUCCAUCCAGGGCUAGCAUCUUGCCAUUUAGCAUCCAACUGUAAAGACACUMAAACUCUGGUAAAGCUAAUCUCUGAGAUUAACUCCUCCCAGCCAUACAAUGCCACUUUCUAAAUACAGUAGCUCAGGUAUAUAUCCAACUCACCUGUCUGUGAAAGGGCACUGUAGUGACCUGUGGUGUGAGAAAUGAUCAGACCUGUUUUGCACAGUGAGUUACUGCUUUAAUCCAGAAGUUGUGUUUUGAAACAUCUGACAUGGGUCAUUCAUUAGCUUUCCCCUUCUCAAUUUAUCACAUUGUUUUACUGUACAACACUAUGAUGUGAAUGUUUUCAAACAGGUUUUGUUAAUGCUUGGAGAAACACUGCACAUGCUAAUGCUUUGGAUAUGCCAUUGGUUAAAACUGGAGUAUUUUAAUUAUUUUUUUCUCUCCAUUAGAUGGGAGCUUAAAGACUUCCUUUAAUGACAAACUGUGGCAGAUUUAUGAAUAAACAUUUAGUUUCGUUUUUUGUUUGACUAAAUUCAGAUGUAUUUGUCAUCAUGGUUUAUUGUGAAGUUUCACAAAUGUUUCCUGUGCCUUUUACAUCUUACAUUGUAACAUAAGCUGUAACAUGAGCUCUAACCUGGAUCUUGGCAGCUGCAUAUUUGUUUUAGCAGAUGUCUUGAGAUUUUGUUCUCAUCAUUGGAACUUUACUUUCGCUUUAUUUUUCCAGUUGAUCUGCAACAGUGUACAUGUGUAAUGCAUUAGUAACCUAGUAUUCUGCAAGCUUGAUUGUAGUUAUGCCAUUAGUGAUUAAUCUGCCAUUAGUAAUAUCAAAUUUAACGUCAACAUAAUCCUGUGCAGGUGCUGGAUUAUUUAGACUGCAUCUGUCUUGAGCCAUAGAUAAUUUUUAACCAAAGUAUAACUGUCUGAUGUUGCCGUGGAAAGUGAAUAAAAAGUAUCGGGGGUAGGGAGUAUAAGACAUUUGGCCGUUGAUAUGUUAAUAAAUCGAUUUCAAGAGAAGAGUUAAGAUUCAGAAGACACUUCAGGAACUUCCAUAUAUGGGCAUUGUCUUCUGUAUUGGAAUGCAGACUUCGAGCAGGAACUCCAUAUAUGGGCACAGAGCUCAUAUUGAAAUGUGGCCCUGAACAGGAAUGCCACACAUCGGCACCAACUUUAAUAUUGCAAUGCACCCCUGAAGCAGGAACACCGUAUGGGCCCAGACACACAUUGGAAUGAGGCCAUUACCAAAUCUACAUGUAUGGACGUAGAGCUGUGACCAUCCCAAUUUGCAUCCAAUCUUCAUUAGCCACAAGCCUGCAUCACCUGAAUCCCCUUGCUUAAUCAACCACCCUCAUAGUAUUUAAAUGGCAUCCAUUGUCAAGCCUUUGUACAUUGGCCUAACAAACAGGCCAUACUGCAAGUUUGUGAUGAGCCAUUGGCCCGCCACACUGUUGAGUCCCCCUCCUGGCUURCUGCACAAUGGUGGGCCAGCUCAACAKUMGUCCAUGAUGGGGUGCUGGCCCUGCCAUCAGGCUCAGCACAACUAGGGGUUGACCCUGUCAGGAAUCCAGGUACCAACAGUGAUCACGACCAGGGGCUGGCCUCCCCGUCAACAAUCCACAAUCCGAGAAGCCAAACUUGUGAAAUGCUUGAUAUUGUCGCAGUGACUGUCUUUCCAUAGAUUUAAUGAAGGAUCAGUUAGGUUGACUGGGCUGGAAAAACAUGUUCUAGACUARAGACUGGUUUCACUUACUAUGGAGCUCAAUGCAUACGUUCUCAUUAUGACAUUUAGAAUAGGUCAUAAGGCUAUGAUUUUGGUACAAAAUGCCUUUUCAAAAUUGUUCUACAAUUMAGCUGCAAUGGAUUGAAUAUCCACUCUGAAUACACCAGAAUCAUCUGMCAGUAAGACCAAUUCUUAAAAAGACAGGCAGUGAGUAAUGCCACUGGACAAAACUUGGUUGCUGAUUUCGCUCCUUAUAUUUGUUUGGUUAUUUAUUUGUAAUCUGUCUUCCAGUUGUCAUUUUUGAGUGCAAUCAGCAUCGAUCCAUCAAAUGUUCCUUUCAGAAUAACAUCUUYGUUUGAUCCAAAGAGAUACUAACUAGAACGAUAUCAAUGGAGGUCAUGAUAGGSWGCUUGGCAUGCUUUGCAAAAUGGAGAACCRUUUCACAGCCAUUUGCCAGAUAUCAGGGAUUUCUUUACAAUUAAUUUGCCUGAUACCUUUGAUUAAAAUCUUAGCCUUUACCAUAAUUUUGUGUAUAGAUCAUGUAAAUUGCUAUCAGGGCUUGUUUUCCCCAAAGGGACAUUUAUUUCAUUUGAUCAGUAGAUACUUGCCAUGUAAAUUUAAAUAAAUAUACUUUUUUUUU